UUUAAACGCACUUGAGAAGCUCGGGUAAGUAGUUGGUGGAGAGGUACGUUCGGGCGGGGAUGAAGGUAUUAAAAUUCACUGUUAAUGGAAAUGAGUGACAAGUAGUUAGGCAGUAGGUGUAAUAUAUGGUGAAAAACCGUGCCGUGUGUUUUGUUGGAUUUAAAAUGGCGUCAUUGCGUACCCAUGCAGUUAAAACGCUGCUAUAAGUGACUGUCAUUGUUUUUGCUGAGACUAAAAUGGUGGACAAGGCUGCAUAGUCGCUGCAAGCAAGCUAACAUAACGCCGUGUUUAUGUUCCGGCUAAUGUGUGUCGUGCCGUUUGAGAGAACUACAAGACAUAAAACUUGAAGAAUCAGCAUGGAUGUGGACAGGGUGGUCUGGGCACAUGGUAGACCGGCACUGCCCCCCAUUUAAUCACAGCGGUGGGUCUCGGUGAGUGCCUUUGACUCGCCAUGACUAUGCGAGCCACUGUGUUCAAAAGUGGAGGAAACAAGCUGGACACGGACACCGGUGACCAAGCUAAAAAGCAAGAGUUUCAGACCAGCAUAAAGAAGGAAACUUCAGAGUGUUUUGCACGAGUUCCUGGCAUCCUGAGCAACAUUCACAACAGCACUGGGCAGCAUUUUCACAGCAAAGCUAAGACCUUUUCAACCAGCCAGAGCGCUGUAGGCAGAUCUGUUCUGUCAUCAGCAGCAAGGAGGGGACAGGAGGAGAACUGGGUGAACCUGGGGGCUUUGACUCUUCCUCUGACCAAGCAGAUGGGGGCUGAGGGUACCCCGGGCAAAAGUAAGUCGCUAUUCGGACACACCAGUCAUAACCACAUGGGCAAGAUGGAUCCAGUGGCAUCUAAUGGCAGCAAGCAGCCUAGGAAGGCAGGAGGAGGCUUGGCAGUGGCAGGGGUCCCCUCACCAGAACAUGGUUCUGAUGGAAAACGACGGAAUGUGAUGAAGGGCACAGGCCACACCGCCAACCAGACGGGCUGCAUCCGUCAGAUCCUACUGCUGCAGCUAGAACUGAUUGAACAGCAACAGCAGCAACUGCAGAACAAGAACAAGGAGAUAGAUGAUCUCAAAGCUGAAAAGGAGAUGUUGGCGGCACGGAUUGAGCGCAUGGAGCGGCGGCUACAGGUGGUGAGGAAAGAUGGCGUUGAGAGUCGUCCCACUCCCACUCCUCGCCGCAGGGAGGCUGUAGAGGCUGUCCAAUCAGAAGGCACUGGGCAGUCUGAGGGUCAGUGUCAUACCCCGCGACAAACGAAUUUAGAAAAAAGUGGCAAGAACCUGAAAAGGAGAUUCCUUUUUCAGGAAUCUAGGAUGUCACGGUCCAGACGUGGGCAUCCUAAAGCACCCUCUCCAAAAGAAGCUUUGGAGGAGGAGUCCCAGGAAGAGGUGGAGCCUGAGGUACGAUCACCUGGUUCAUCCCUGGUUGAAUCAGAAGAGCUGCCUUACAUGGCGACCACUGAGAUGUAUCUCUGCUGCUGGCACCAGACUCCACCUUCACCAUGGCGAGAUCAGUCUCCUGUCCAGGAAGACACAGUUGCUGUCCCUUCCUGGCGAGAGAGUAUUGUGGAACCACUGGAAGACAAAAAGGGAAUUGAUAUCGCUGAGAGUUUGGAUGAUAACGUUUUUCUGAAGCGACAUUCAAAACUGGAGCUUGAUGAGAAGAGGCGAAAAAGGUGGGAUAUUCAGCGUAUUCGGGAGCAGCGGAUGUUCCAGCGCCUUCAGCAGAGGAUGAACAAGCAGAAGGUGAUGCAGGAGAGUGAGCCAGAGCUGCUGUCCUUCUACCCUGAAACUGAGGAUGUGGAGUCUGUAAUGAUCACGCCUUUCCUGCCAGUGGUGGCAUUUGGCAGGCCUCUACCUAAUCUCAAACAACAGAAUUUUGAAAUACCAUGGUUGGAUGAGCGUAGUCGAAGCCGACAAGAAGUGUCUAAGAAGAAGACGCCACAUCGGACCUGCCGCAAGUGAAGCAAUCCUCCUUGAGUGAUCACACGAUGUUAAGAAGAGGCUGAAUCAGUUUGACUGUCCUGUGGUGUUUUCUGUGUGCUAUAGGAUCAUCUUGGCAACAUACUACAUAGUUGAUUGCCCUGAAGUCACCAUCAAUCUUCAAAGGACUGCUCCUCGCUUAAGCCCGUUUGGCCCCCUGAAUGGCACACCAGCUGCAAGAUGGCUGAAAGCCGAGCUGUCAAAAGUUCAUACUCAUUGUAGCACUGCAAAAUGUGAUGUUGCUGUAUUCUGGUUGCUUUGGUAUUUUCCCAUGCAAGUCAGCUAUUAAAAAUUGCGGUAUGGACCAAAUCCUAAUCAAAUGCAGUUUAACAGAGAAUGUUAUUUAAACAGUGUUUUUGCGUUUCUGUUCAUUGUGAAUGGGUGACUUCUACGACAAUAUAGUGUAACAUCUUGUAACAUAGUGUUGAUUCUGCAAAUAAAUGACAAAAAUUCUAA